GAAAGCUACUACAGCUGUUACUACCCAGAAAGCGAAGCCUUUCGCCAACAAGUCGCCGCUAUUGUGAACAAAUUCCGAGCCAAUGGUUAUAAUGUCAUCAUGGAUGCAAUGGUAUCCCACGAAAUUAGCUCGCUAGGUCCUUCAAAAUGGGCUGAAGUACAGAUCAGAAAAGCGAAAAAAGUGUUGGUUUUUCUUUCUCCAGGGCUUUUGAAAUUAUCACUUGGAUACGAAGGCAUGCCGCGGUCUGAGGUAGAGUGUAAUUGAAUAUAUCAGCACUUUAGAACUUGUUUUAUGUCUGGUCUUGACUUCUAAUUGGAUGCUGAUCUGUUUCAGGGAUCUACAUUGUAAUGAUAAAUGCUGAUGCAUGCCGGUGCUUCAUGAUUCAAACGAAAUAUUAUUUAUAACAUCCAACAAAAGUUAAGCGCUCGGUCUGGUUGUGCGCUCAACAAAGCUGUGCGUUCCACUUUCUUAGUGACUAUAUUUUGUUUUUAAUUUGCCUCACAAUUUGCAAAGGUUUUUGUGUUAGUACUGAGAGAAGGUUUACAAAAACCGUUACAAAUAACGUAAAAAGGCCUCACAGUCCACAUUGAGAUGGAGAACUUCUUAAUCAGCGAAAAGACUUUUAAAAGAAAAGAUUUUGCAAAAACAAAUUUACGCACGCCAUAGCGCCAGCUGCAGCGCGCUCAAAUGACUUACUUUUAUUCCCCAGAUAACUGUGAGAAAAAUUAAAAGUUGUUCUUUUUUGACGUUAUAAAAGAAAUGGUAAACGUUGCAGCUGUCCUCAAAGGAGGUUUGCUAAGCACUCAAGAAGCUAGUAAAAUUGUCGGCUACGCGUCGAGUAACUCUUACGCUUCCAUUUGUGCUUGGCAAUCUCCCGCGUGGAUCCAUAAUCCGAUAGUUGCAUCCUGCUCGUUUACCAUUUCUUAAAUGUCUAACAUUACAACGCACUUUUUUUUUUGUCAAUGGUAGGAUGCCAAUCGUGUGUGGUGUGAGUUGGAAGUUCUGCGAAGUAUCUACAACAGAAGUCGCUCUGCCGCAAAGACGGUUUGCUUAGAGCUGCCAGACAUGCCAGUAUCGUCAAUGGAACAUCCUGUGUUUUUGAAAGUUAUCUACAAAUGGCCAAACGAUUUUGAGAAAAUCCUUCGUGGCCUAAACGACAGACCUUCUAUAUUGCCGAGAUAA